AUGAAAAAGUGAAAUCUACUUGGCAACGACGACGUUGAAAUAACGUACGUCACGGUGUAGCAUUGCAAAACGUCACUCGAUUCUCUUUUUGUCGAAAUUUCGAUCGGUUGUAGAACCGUCCGUCCUCCCGGCUGGACUGACAGUUCCCAGCAGCUAGCAACAACACGUCCUCGAGCGUCGUUCGAACACUGAUAUCAGCAUUUAUAUUUAUACUGAAAACUAAUAAUCCAGGCAUGUGUUCAACACAUACUGAAUCGAAUGAAAGGUACACUUCUUAUUCCUCCUGUUGCAAUUACUAGACAAACGGAAAAUCAAAUCACUUUUACCGAUCUGCGAAUCGCUAUUUCUCACAGGCAUCCGCGUCUCGCUCUCGAGAUUAUCUCGCUUUUUCUUACUCCCUUCACUUUGCCGAAAUACCGCCACGGUGCGACAAUACAUUAUUGAACGGCAAUUAACUACUUUCACGCUUUUUGGACAAAUCGAACAUACAUGAGAAAGGGGCGACGAUUGCUCUAUCGAUAAUGAAGAAUUAACCUUGGUACCUGAUGCCUUGACUCGUAAUCUCAACAUCAAAUCUGGGAGAACGCAUAUGAAGAAAUUGAAAUUUUAUCUAUAACAUGGUUCAACAAUUAAACAUUCUGCAAAAUGUUAUUCAGCGUUUAAGUAAUAUACGUACUGACAUAACUGGUUAUUUGUAUGGAAUUGUUUAUGAAGAAACAUUAACAAUUAUAAGUUUUAGCCUUAAUUCUAUUGACGAUGAUGAAAAUGAAAUCAAGCCUUUGGAUGUGCAAUAUCAUAUGCCAACAGAAGUUAAUCUUAUUGGAAUUUUAUAUGUUGAUCAAGAAAAACCAGUAACACCCGAUACAUUUAAGGAUAUUGAUGGCACAGAUAAUCCAUUGAUUAUUAAGUAUUGUUCUUAUUCAGAUACCAUAUCUCCAUUUUAUUACAUAAAUGAAACACUUCAACCUACAACAUAUGAAGAAAUUUCAAACGACUUUUUCAAGAAUUUUUUCUGCGUUAGAGCGAUAACAAAUCUACCACUAUUUUCAGAAAAAAAAAAAGUGCUUGAAGCUCUUCAACAAAUUAUAAAGAAUAUAGACCCUGAAAAAUUAGGAUUUUAUUUUAAAAAAACAAAACGACAUUUUUUUAAACUAAAGAAUAGUAAUAACGAUUGUUUUCAAGAAAUAUUAUAUGAGGAAUUAGCGAAUUCAUUAUUCAUGAGUCAUUUUAAUUCAAUUCCUAUUGAUACUGUAACAGUUUCAAUAUUUUCGAGAAUAUCUCUUGAUAAAAGCUCUGAAAAACAAUUAUUAGCUCCUGUUUUGAAAUACUUUGAACACGGAGAAUAUUAUAAAUGUUAUGUAAAAAUUGAUGCUUUAGCAUUAAUAAGUAAAAAAAUAACCUUAGCACGAUUCUUUGAAAUUCUUGUAGAAUCAAUUCGACGAAAUUUGAGACUUAUAUCUACAUCAUUUCAUUAUUACUCAAAAAUUAAGGAUGCAACAGUAUGUUUACCCGAACCAAUCCAUUUUAAUCCGUUAAUACUUGGACAUUUAUUAACAGUAGUAUACCCUAACAAAUGGUCAAAUUUACAAACUAGUGAAUAUCGUAAACACUUGCAUAGAAAAUUUGGAAUAGAUAUGACCAAGCCUUGCUUUAGAAAAGGAAGUUCAUUAUUAUUGUUGUAUAAAUAUAACGACGAUCUUCUUGUAAAUCCUCAUAAAUAUGUGAAGAAUCCUACAAAUUCUCAAGUUGAUAUUGUGCAUGGCUUGUACCAAUUUUACCAUUAUACAAGUGCAGAUACUAAUUGGGGAUGUGCUUAUAGAGCACUUCAAACUAUUUCUUCUUGGUUUAGAUUCCAAGGUUAUACUGAAAAAGAUGUUCCACAAAUUUCGGAGAUUCAAGAAUGUUUGGUAGACAUUGGUGAUAAGCCUUCUUCUUUCUUAAAUUCCUCGCAAUGGAUUGGUUCAACCGAAGUUGGUUAUGUUUUGGAAUCUCUUUUUAAUGUUUCUGUUAAAAUAUUAUGUGCUUCAAGUGGAUCAGAAAUGGUUAAGCUAGUUAUUCAUUUAGCAGAUCAUUUUAAAACUCAAGGAACACCUGUUAUGAUUGGUGGAAAUCGUUUAGCAUACGUAAUUCUUGGUGUAUCUUAUAAUGAUCAAUAUGAAAAUGUAAAAUUUUUAAUUUUGGACCCACAUUAUAUUGGUGCUGAAAAUCUUAAACAAAUUACUACAAAGGGCUACUGCGGUUGGAAGGACAAAAAUUUCUGGGCAAAAAAUGCUUUUUACAAUAUGUGUCUUCCACAAAUAUCAACUAAUUUAUACUAAUUUAAAUAUACUAAAUUAAAAUAUAAAUAA